UAAACUGUUCAAAGUUCACGAGAGAUAAAAAUGGCGGCAAGGUAGUGGAAGAAUCGGUUAAUGGCUCUUCCCCUCUGGAUACUGAGGAUCAUGGCUCUGCCCCUUGAAAUUUCGGAACCUGAUCUGAAACUAACAGCGGUAGAAACGUGGAGCGCAGGAAUUAGAAGAUACCAUAGAUUGUCAUCAAAGUCGUCGAUUAUGAAAAGGACUCAUCCGUUCCUAUAUUUCGCCCAAUUCAAUGUAAGUAUCUCACUGCGAUUAUUGUUUUUUCUUUUUUCUCUCUUCAACUGGCAGGAAAAUCAAAGCUGAUGCUGAAUUAAACGACGACGAAAACGAGAAAACAUCAGGAAAAGGUGGAUUCGAGCUCAUUCGUCUUAUUUAGCCAAUAAAUGCCAACAAUGUUGAUGCGGUGGCUUAUAAUUGUUCUUGUUUCUAUUGCGCUGCUGACUCCCACUUCCAUUGCUCGGCCUGAGGUUAUUGUUGCAAGCCAUGGUGCUGUUGCCGCAGAUGACUCUCGAUGCUCCAGAAUUGGUAUGGAUGUUCUACGGGAAGGAGGCCAUGCAGUUGAUGCUUCGGUUGCUACUGCUCUUUGCUUGGGGGUUGUAAGUUCCGCAUCAAGUGGCAUUGGUGGAGGAGCCUUUAUGCUGAUCAGGUCGGCCAGUGGAAAAUCUCAGGCUUUCGAUAUGAGGGAGACUGCACCUUUGCUUGCUCAUGAGAAUAUGUAUGCCAGCAAUGCUGCAUCGAAAGCAGUCGGAGCCCUUUCCAUUGCCGUUCCAGGGGAACUUGCUGGACUUCACGAAGCUUGGAAACAAUAUGGAAAGCUUCCAUGGGCAAGGCUUGUUCAACCAGCUGAACGUCUUGCUCGCUUGGGGUUUAAAAUAUCUCCAUACCUUCAUAUGCAGAUGGUUAAAACAGAAGCAGGAAUCUUGGGAGAUGAAGGACUCAGGAACUUGUUUACAUCAGGCGGAAAAUUGUUGAAACCGGGAGAUGUUAUCCGCAACAAGAAACUUGCACAAACUCUAAGAACUAUUUCUAGAUUUGGUGUCCAGGCCUUCUAUAAUGGAUCGAUUGGAGUUAACUUGAUAAGAGAUAUCAGGAAGCUUGGAGGGAUACUGUCAAUGAAGGACUUGCAGAGCUAUCGAGUUAAAAUAAGAGUCCCCAUCUCAGCCCGUACAAUGGGUCAUGAGAUAAUCACCAUGCCUCCUCCUUCAGGAGGUUCUGGAUUGAUCCUUAUGCUUAAUAUUCUGGCUCAAUAUAAACUGCCUUCAGGGCUUAUGGGCCCUCUUGGCAUCCAUCGGGAGAUUGAAGCAUUGAAACAUGUAGCAGCCGUGAGAACUAACCUUGGCGACCCCAAUUUCUACAAUGUCUCCAAAGUUCUUUCCGACAUGCUUUCGCCCAAGUUUGCUAGAAAGUUAAAGAAAACCAUCAAUGACAACAGGACUUUUGAUCCAAGCCAUUACGGCGGCAGAUGGAAUCCAAUUUACGACCAUGGCACCAGUCAUUUGUCGGUCGUCGAUGGAGAACGAAACGCUGUCUCCAUGACUACCACUGUGAACUACUAUUUUGGAGCAGUGAUACUCUCCCCAAGUACUGGAAUAAUCUUGAACAAUGAAAUGGAUGAUUUUUCUGUCCCUGCUAAUGUUUCUGCUAAUACACUCCCGCCAGCACCAUCCAAUUUCAUCAGGCCAGGGAAAAGGCCAUUAUCAUCCAUGUCUCCGGCUAUUGUCCUGAAGAAUGGACAGCUGAAAGGUGUGGUUGGUGCAAGUGGAGGAGGCUUCAUCAUUGCAGGAACAGCAGAGGUUGUGUUGAAUCAUUUUGCAAAAGGAAUGGAUCCGUUCUCAUCUGUGAUGGCUCCCAGAGUUUAUCAUCGGCUGAUUCCAAACGUUUUGACCUAUGAGAACUGGACGACCGUGUUAGGAGACCAUUUUGAAGUUCCUGCUCAAACAAGGGCAGCCCUUGCUAAGAAGGGUCAUGUCUUAGAAGGCCUUGCAGGAGGGACAAUUUGCCAGUUUAUUGUUCAAAAAUUUGGCUCACCAAGACAAGGUGGUGGCGUGGGGAAGCUCAUAGCGGUAAGUGAUCCCCGGAAGGGUGGGGCUCCUGCUGGCUUUUGAUAUUGUAAACCGUUGGGAUUUCUUUUCAGCUUCCAUUUACGUUAGCUGAAUGGUUUCUCUUAGCUCUUUUAGAGAAGUUGUUGAAACACUUCACUGCAUUAUGGAAAUAAUAGUUCAAGUUUAAUCUUGUAGGAUUAUGACUCUAAACACAGGUAAAGUUGGGUUGAAAAUA